AUGCCUCAAAGCAAUAAGAAGUGGAGCGCUCAUCCGAUCUCUCACCAAGGUUCAAGAAAGUCGGGUCCAGGCGCUCUUUGUCCACGUGGAGAUCGACCUAUUGAAAAUGAUUUGGCUGCAUUUAUCACGCAAGAAUAUUAUCAAGCGCAUACGAUUGUUGGAUUUGCUCUACCUGAAGGCGAUCUUCUCUGCCGAACUUGUUAUGAGAGAGAAUCCAGUCGAUUCACCAUUAUCUGCAGGAAGUCAUAG